GGCUCGCCGUAGCGGGCGCGCCGCCGCUUCCUCCGCUCGCGGCCCCGGAUGCGCCGAGCGGAGCGGCGCCACCUCGACCCCCGCCCCCAGCUCUCGGCCGGACGCGGCAGGAGUGCGGUCCAGGCCUGGCUGCGUGGUGCUCCAUUGAAUGGAUGCACCAAAUGGAGGCACCGGUCUCUGAAAUGUGGACGUGUGGUUUAUGUCUAACGUUUUGUGUUUACAAAGAAUGCCGUGAAUAUGUCGUGUCCGUGACCUGCGCUGCAUGACCCUUGGGUCUGGCUCUGCCCCUGGUGUCUCGCGAUUCGUCGUGGCGUGGGUCUGUCAGUAGUUGGGUCCUCACGUUGCCGAGGCGUGCUCCGUGUGAGGCUGCGCCAGGGUUGUGUCCCUUCUCCAGGCGAAGAUACAACUUUACUGUUUUAAGUUUAGGAGCUUGAAUUCCCUUCAGAACUUUAGAGAACAUUAAGGUGGAUUAAAAAGGGGGGCGAUAAUGCACCAUGGCAGCGGCUCUCAGAGUGUCCAGCACCAGCUGCAGAGGUCCAGGGCCUUCGCCAGCAGCGAAGGAGAAGAGCAGCAGGCCCACCCGAAUCCGCCCCAGUCCCCUGCCACGCCCUUCGUGCCGUCGGCCAGCCCAUCCGCACCUCAGUCUCCCGGUUACCAAGUUCAGCAGCUGAUGAAUAGGAGUCCCGUGACGGGGCAGAACGUGAAUAUCGCCCUUCAGAGCGUCGGACCAGUCGUGGGAGGAAACCCACAGAUCACGCUCGCUCCUCUGCCACUCCCUAGCCCCACUUCUCCAGGUUUCCAGUUCAGUGCCCAGCAGAGGCGCUUUGAGCAUGGAUCUCCGUCAUACAUCCAGGUCACCUCGCCGCUGUCCCAACAGGUGCAGACUCAGAGUCCCACCCAGCCCACUCCUGGGCCGGGGCCGGGCCUGCAGAGCGUGCGGGCGGGCACCCCUGGCCCUGGCCUGGGCCUUUGCAGCAGCAGUCCCACCGGGGGCUUUGUGGACGCCAGCGUGUUAGUGAGGCAGAUGAGCUUAAGCCCGUCUGGUGGCGGGCACUUUGUGUUUCAGGAGAGCUCGGGCCUCGCCCAGAUGGCUCCGGGCACCCAGGUGCAGCUGCAGCAUGCAGGGGCUCCCAUCGCGGUCCGAGAACGGAGACUGUCACAGCCCCACGCACAGUCCGGGGGCACUGUCCAUCACCUGGGACCCCAGAGCCCUGCGGCUGCGGGUGCGGCCAGCCUGCAGCCCCUGGCCAGCCCCGGCCACAUCACCACGGCAAGCUUGCCACCCCAGAUCAGCAGCAUCAUCCAGGGGCAGCUGAUCCAGCAGCAGCAGGUGCUGCAGGGCCCGCCGCUGACCAGACCCCUGCUCCCUGGGGUCGGGGUCGGGGGGGCUUCGGCCUUUGGGAUGACCUCCCCACCGCCCCCCACCAGCCCCUCCAGGACCGCGGUGCCCCCGGGCCUCUCCAGCCUCCCUCUCACGUCUGCGGGGAAUGUGGGGGUGAGGAAGGCCCCCAAGAAGUUGGAGGAGAUCCCCCCGGCCUCUCAGGAGCUGGCCCAGAUGAGGAAGCAGUGCCUGGAUUACCACUACAGAGAGAUGGAGGCGCUGAAGGAGGCCUUCAAGGAGUACUUGAUCGAAUUGUUCUUCCUGCAACACCUUCAAGGGAACAUGAUGGACUUCUUGGCUUUCAAGAAGAAGCACUAUGCCCCGUUGCAGGCUUAUCUUAGGCAGAAUGAUUUGGACCUGGAGGAGGAGGAGGAGGAGGAGGAGGAGGAGGAGAAGUCUGAGGUUAUCAACGACGAGGUAAAGGUUGUGACAGGAAAGGAUGGGCAGACUGGUACUCCUGUUGCUAUAGCAACCCAGCUUCCGCCAAAUGUUUCUGCUGCUUUUUCAUCCCAGCAGCAACCGCUUCAGCAGCAAGCUCUUGCAGGGGCCCUUGUGGCAGGGGCCGGAAGUGUGGGAGAGACAGACCCCUUUAAGAGGCAGCAGGCGGGGACCCCGGCAGAGCAGUCUAAGCGGCCUCGGCUUGAAGUGGGCCACCAGGGGGCAGUUUUCCAGCACCCGGGGGCGAAUGCAGGGGUUCCUCUUCAGCAGCUAAUGCCGACAGCUCAAGGAGGAAUGCCUCCUGCCCCUCAGGCCGCUCAGCUCGCCGGGCAGAAGCAAAGCCAGCAGCAGUACGACCCGUCCACGGGGCCUCCGGUGCAGAACGCCGCCAGCCUGCACACCCCGCCGCCGCAGCUCCCCGGCAGGCUGCCCCCGGCCGGCCUCCCCAGCGCGCCCCUCCCGCCAGCACUGCACUUCUCUCAGCAGCCGCAGGUGGCGGAGCCUCACGCACAGCUGCAGGUGCCGGCGAAGACACAGCAGCCAAACGCCCCUGUCCCCGUGCCCCCGCCCAGCCAGCUGCCCGCGCCGCCGCCGCAGCCCGUGCCACAGGCCCUGCACGCCCCGAUGCCCGGGAAGGCUCAGAUGCAGGCCGCCCAGCUCCCGUCCCAGCCGCAGACGGUGGCGUCGACAAGACCACCCGUGGACCCUGCCCAGCCGGGUCAGCGGCCCCCACCAGCAGUCUCUUCCGCCUCGUCCGUAGCUCCUGCCAGCGGCUCGGGCCCGUCUCCGGCACGGGUCUCUGCAGGGAAUAGACCCUCCUCGGCAGCCAAUAAGUCACUGUCUCCGGUCACCUCCCGGUCCCCGGGGGCAGCCGUGUCAGCACCCCCAAAACCACAGAGCCCAGCUCAGAAUGCCGCCCCGCCGCAAGACAGCUCUCAGGAUAAGCUGGCAGAGCAGACAGCACUGGAAAACCAGAUCCAUCAACGGAUAGCAGAUUUGAGGAAAGAAGGCCUGUGGUCCCUCAGGCGGUUGCCCAAGCUGCAGGAGGCCCCGCGCCCCAAGUCGCACUGGGACUACGUGCUGGAGGAGAUGCAGUGGAUGGCCGCAGACUUCGCCCAGGAGAGGAGGUGGAAGGUGGCUGCAGCCAGGAAGCUCGUCAGGACUGUGGUGCGGCACCACGAGGAAAAGAAGCUCCGUGAGGAGAGGGGAAGGAAAGAGGAGCAGAACCGACUGAGACGCAUCGCUGCCUCGACCGCCAGAGAAAUAGAGUGUUUUUGGUCAAAUAUUGAACAGGUUGUGGAGAUAAAACUACAAGUAGAAUUGGAAGAAAAAAGGAAAAAGGCCUUAACUUUACAGAAGGUUCCUAGGAGAGGAAAAGAGGUGAGGCCUAAGGGACUUGAUGCGAUGCCAGAAGCUUUCCUGGAGUCGGGAUUGUCUGGAAGGAAGAGGAAAGCUAGCACGUCUCUGACUGACGAUGAAGUGGAGGACGAGGAGGAGACCAUCGAAGAGGAAGAGGCAAACGAGGGGGCCGUGGACCACCAGGCGGAGCUGUCCAAUUUAGCCAAAGAAGCUGAAUUGCCCCUAAUCGAUUUGAUGAAGUUGUACGAAGGAGCUUUUCUGCCCAGUUUCCAGUGGCCGCAACCUAAGCCUGACAGUGAGGAGGCGAGUGAAGAAGAAGAUAUGGAAGAUGUGGCCCUGGGUGAUCGAGAGAGCCGGAAGGAUGUAGUUCUCAUAGACUCACUGUUCAUCAUGGACCAGUUUAAAGCUGCAGAGAGAAUGACUAUUGGGAACCCUCACACAAAGGACAUCGCGGAGGUGACCGCUGUGGCCGAAGCUGUCCUGCCCAAGGGCAGUGCCCGGGUCAGCCCCACGGUGAAGUUGAACGCCCCAUCUCUGUUGUACGGUGCGCUAAGAGAUUACCAGAAGAUUGGCCUGGACUGGCUCGCCAAACUCUACCGGAAGAACCUCAAUGGCAUAUUGGCAGAUGAAGCUGGGCUUGGUAAAACAGUACAGAUCAUUGCCUUUUUUGCCCACCUAGCUUGCAACGAAGGCAACUGGGGCCCUCAUCUUGUGGUCGUGAGAGGCUGUAACAUCCUCAAGUGGGAGCUCGAGCUGAAGCGUUGGUGCCCUGGGCUCAAAACCCUCUUAUAUGUUGGGAGCCACAGAGAACUGAAAGCAAAGAGACAGGAGUGGACGGAGCCCAACAGCUUCAACGUGUGCAUCGCGCCCUACAAGCAGUUCUUCAGGGGCUACGCGUCCUUCACGCGCGUGCGGUGGCGGUGCCUGGUCAUCGACGAGAUGCAGCGUGUCCGGGGCAUGACUGAGAGGCAUUGGGAGGCCGUGUUCACCCUGAGGAGCCAGCAGCGCCUGCUCCUGAUUGACGCGCCCCUGCACAACACCUUCCUGGAGCUGUGGACCAUGGUGCACUUCCUCAUCCCCGGCAUCUCCAGGCCUUACCUGCACCUGCCCCUGAAGGCUCCGAACGAUGAGAACCAGGAUUACUACCACAAAGUGGUCAUACGGCUGCACCGGGUGACGCAGCCCUUUAUCCUGAGGAGAACUAAGAGGGAUGUGGAGAAGCAGCUGACAAAGAAGUACGAGCACGUGCUGAAAUGCCGCCUGUCGAGUCGGCAGAAGGCCUUGUAUGAGGACGUGAUCCUGCAGCCUGGAACGCAGGAGGCGCUGAAGAGCGGCCAUUUCGUGGACGUGCUGAGCAUCCUGCUGCGGCUGCAGAGGAUCUGCAACCACCCCGGGCUGGUGGAGCCGCGGCUCCCGGAGUCGUCCUACACGGCGGGGCCGCUGCGGUACCGCUCCGCCUCCCUCAUCCUCAAGGCGCUCGACGGCGACUCCUGGAAGGAAACGGAUCUCUCUAUAUUUGAUCUUAUCGGCUUAGAGGAUAAAAUGACUCGCCACGAAGCAGAGUUGCUGUGUAAGCAGAAAGUGACGCGGAAACUCAUGGACGAGCUGUUCACUGCGCCGCCCCCAUCGGGCAGGCCGGCGGCCCUCAGACUGAAGCCUAGCAGGUUGUUUCAGCCCGUGCAGUAUGGCCAAAAGCCCGAGGGUCGCACCGUGGCUUUCCCCAGCACACACCCGACUCGGACGGCAGCCUCUGGCACAGCCACGGCCACUCCGCAGGGCCACGUGCGAGGACGGCCACCGAUUGCCACGUUCUCUGCAAAUCCAGAUGCAAAAGUGGCAGCCCCGUUUCAGACCUCCCAGGCCUCCACCGGCGCUCCCGCUCCGAGACAGCCGCCCGCCUCGACCUCCAGCGCAGCACCUAGCCCGGCCCAUCCUGCGAAACCGCGGGCCCCGCCCCCGCCCCCGCCCCAGGCCCCCUCGCACCCGGCCGGGCAGAGCGCGCUGCCUCAGGGGCUGGUGCUCACCUCGCAGGCUCAGGCGCGCCUGCCCAGUGGGGAGGUGGUCAAAAUAGCCCAACUGGCUUCCCUGGCGGGGCCGCAGAGCCGGGUCGCCCAGCCAGAGACCCCAGUGACGCUGCAGUUCCAGGGGAACAAGUUCACCCUGUCGCACAGCCAGCUGCGGCAGCUCACCGCGGGCCAGCCCCUGCAGCUGCAAGGCAGCGUUCUUCAGAUCGUAUCCGCUCCAGGCCAGUCUUACCUGCGGCCGCCAGGCCCUGUGGUGAUGCAGACCAUGUCUCAGGCGGGCGCCCUCAACGCCCUGGGAAGCAAGCCCCCGGCCAGCGGCCCGGGCCCAUCCCCCAUGACUGCGCCAGUUGGUGUGCCUGGGCGAGUGGCGGUCAAUCCCCUGGCUACUGGAGAACCUGGAAUGACCUCCAAACCAGCCUCUCCUGUCGGAGGGCCAACCCAGGAGGAGAAGAGCAGACUUCUGAAAGAGCGACUGGACCAGAUCUACUUUGUCAACGAGCGGCGCUGCUCGCGAGCCCCUGUCUACGGCAGAGAUUUGCUGCGGAUUUGUUCCGUGGUCAGCCAGGAACAGGCACCUUGGCCUGGGGCUUCUGACAGCAGUCAGCGGAAGGGGGCCGGGCCAGCGAGCGGUUACACGUCACCCUCAAAUGGUCGGAGGGACCUGAUUUUGACGCGGGCGCAGCGGCAGGCCUGCCUGCAGGAUGUCAUCGACAGGGUGGUGUGUGUGAUCCCCCCGGUGGUGGCUGCACCCCCGUCCUUGUGGGUGGCGAGGCCGCCGUCCCUCUACAGCCACAGGAUGAGGCUCCUGAGGCACCGCCUGAGAGAGCACAUGGCGCCCUAUGCGCAGCAGCUGCAGCGGAUGACGGCCCUGCGCUCGCUCCGGUUUCCUGAGCUCAGACUGGUCCAGUUCGACUCAGGAAAGCUCGAAGCUUUAGCUAUCUUACUUCAGAAGUUGAAAUCUGAAGGACGUCGAGUGCUGAUCUUGUCACAGAUGGUUCUCAUGCUGGACAUUUUAGAAAUGUUCUUGAACUUCCAUUAUCUCACCUACAUCAGGAUCGAUGAAAAUGCCAACAGCGAGCAACGGCAGGAACUGAUGAGGAGUUUCAACAGAGACAGGAGGAUUUUCUGCGCCAUCCUAUCGACCCACAGCCGAGCCACGGGCGUGAGCCUGGUGGAGGCCGACGCGGUGGUGUUCUACGACAACGACCUGAACCCUGUGAUGGACGCCAAGGCCCAGGAGUGGUGCGAGCGGAUCGGGAGGCGCAAGGACGUCCACAUUUACAGGCUUGUCAGUGGUAACUCCAUUGAAGAGAAGCUGUUGAAAAAUGGAACCAAAGACUUGAUCCGGGAAGUAGCCGCUCAGGGCAACGACUACUCCAUGGCCUUCCUGACACAGCGGACCAUCCAGGAACUGUUUGAGGUGUGCUCUCCCACCGACGAUGCCGGCUUCCCAGUGAAGGCUGAGGAGUUUGUGGUCCUUUCUCAGGAGCCUUCUGCCACAGAAAUCAUCGCACCCAAAAUUGCAAGACCUUUCAUUGAGGCCCUCAAGAGCAUCGAGUAUCUGGAGGAAGAUGCCCAGAAACCCGAGGAGGAAGCCGUGCCGGGGUCGUCCGGCUCCGACAGCCCAGGCUGGAGCGAAGAGCCGUCGCAGCUGGAGGAGUUAGCGGGCUUCAUGGAGCAGCUUACACCUAUUGAGAAAUAUGCUCUGAAUUAUCUGGAAUUGUUCCACACACCGACUGGCCCAGAGAAGGAGGGGAACAGCGAGGAUGCCGUGCUGACGGCCGUGAGGGCGUGGGAGGCCCAGAACGCAAGGGCACUGCGGGAGAGGGAGGCGCGGGCACUGCAGGACCAGGAACAGGAGCAGCUGCUCACCUACACGAGGGAGGACGCCUACAACGCGGAGUACGUCUGUGAAGGUGCCGACGGGCACAUGGAAGUCAUGCCGCUCUGGACGCCGCCCACACCCCCCCAGGAUGACAACGACAUCUACGUGGACCCAGUCCUGUGUCUCACGUACGAAAGCACGCCCAUCCCAGAGUCCAAGCUGCCUCCCGUGUACGUGAGGAAGGAGCGCAGGCGGCACCGCACGGACCCCUCAGGCGCAGGCAGGAAGAAGAAGCAGCGCCACGGGGAGCCGGUCGUCCCCCCUCGCUCGCUGUUUGACCGUGCGACGCCCGGCGUGUUGAAGAUGAGACGGGAAGGGAAGGAGCAGAAGAAGAACAUCCUGCUGAAGCAGCAGGCGCAGUUUGCCAAGCCCCUGCCAGCUUUUGCCAAACCAGCGGCUGAGUCGGGCCCGGACAACCCUGAGUGGCUCAUCAGCGAGGACUGGGCGCUGCUGCAGGCCGUGAAGCAGCUGCUGGAACUGCCCCUAAACCUCACCAUCGUGUCCCCGGCCCACACGCCCAACUGGGACCUCGUCAGUGACGUCGUCAACUCCUGCAGCCGUAUCUACCGCUCUUCCAAGCAGUGCCGGAGCCGCUACGAGAAUGUGCUCAUUCCGAGGGAGGAGGGGAAGAGUAAGAACAACCGGCCCCUACGCACAGGCCAGAUGUACGCCCAGGACGAGAACGCCACGCACACGCAGCUGUACACGAGCCACUUUGACCUGAUGAAGAUGACGGCCGGCAAGAGAAGCCCCCCCAUCAAGCCUCUGCUUGGCAUGAAUCCCUUCCAGAAAAACCCCAAGCACGCCUCCGUGUUGGCAGAAAGUGGGAUCAACUACGAUAAACCACUGCCUCCCAUUCAGGUUGCAUCUCUCCGAGCGGAGCGAAUUGCCAAAGAGAAAAAGGUUGGGNCGCAGCCCCCGCCACCCCAGCAGCCGCCCCCACCUCUGCCCCAACCCCAGGCGGCGGGCAACCCGCAGCCCGCGGGGCCGCCAGCCGUCCAACCGCAGGCCCAGGCGCAGCCCCCGGCACAGCCCGCGCAGCCCCCGCCGAAGGUGCCCCCGGCGAUCACAACGGUGGGCAGCGCCGCAGUGCUGGCGGGAGCCAUUAAAACGUCUGUCACGGGGACGAGCCUGCCAACGGGCACCGUGAGCGGAAACGUCAUCGUGAACACCAUCGCGGGGGUCCCCGCCGCGACCUUCCAGUCCAUUAACAAGCGCCUCGCGUCGCCCGCGGCACCGGGGGCCUUGACUACCUCUGGAGGCUCUGCUCCUGCCCAGGUGGUCCACACCCAGCCUCGCGCGGUCGGCUCCCCGGCCACGUCCGACCUCGUAUCCCUGGCACCGACCCAGGGUGUUCGAGCGGUCACCUCCGUGACAGCCUCAGCCGUGGUCACUACCAGCUUGACUCCAGUGCAGACUCCGACGCGGUCUUUGGUGACUCAGGUGUCCCAAGCCACAGGGGUGCAGCUGCCUGGGAAGGCCAUCACGCCUGCACACUUCCAGCUGCUCCGGCAGCAGCAGCAGCAGCCGCCGCCGCCGCCCCCGCCCUCCCAGGUGCAGGUUCCGCAGAUCCAGGGCCAGGCCCCGUCGCCAGCACAGAUCAAGGCUGUCGGCAAGCUGACCCCGGAACAUCUGAUCAAAAUGCAGAAGCAGAAACUGCAGCUGCCCCAGCAGGCCCCCCCACCGCAGGCCCCGCCAGGGCCCCCACAGCCCGCUCCACAAGUGCAAGUGCAGGCCCCGCCACCCACGCCGCAGCAGAGCCCCCAGCUGGCCACGGUCACGGCCCCGCGGCCCGGAGCCCUGCUCACGGGCACCACCGUGGCCAACCUCCAGGUGGCCCGGCUCACCCGGGUUCCCCCUUCGCAGCUGCAGGCGCAAGGGCAGAUGCAGGCUCAGGCGCCCCAGCCCGCUCAGGUGGCGCUGGCGAAGCCUCCAGUGGUGUCCGUGCCCGCGGCCGUGGUCUCCUCGCCAGGUGUGACGACCCUGCCCAUGAACGUUGCCGGGAUCAGCGUGGCCAUCGGGCAGCCGCAGAAAGCCGCAGGACAGACCGUCGUGGCCCAGCCUGUGCACGUCCAGCAGCUGCUGAAGCUCAAACAGCAAGCCGUGCAGCAGCAGAAAGCCAUCCAGCCGCAGGCUGCCCCGGGCCCUGCGGCCGUCCAGCAGAAGAUCACCGCACAGCAGAUUGCCGCUCAGGGCCAACCACAGAAGGUCACCUAUGCCACCCAGCCAGCCCUUAAAACCCAGUUCCUUACCACACCCAUCUCCCAGGCCCAGAAGCUGGCUGGGACCCAGCAGGUGCAGACCCAGAUCCAGGUUGCCAAACUCCCUCAAGUUGUCCAACAGCAGACGCCCGUGGCCAGCAUCCAGCAGGCUUCCCCGCAGACCGUGACCCUGACCCAGGCGACGGCGGCCGGGCAGCAGGUGCAGAUGAUCCCCACGGUGACGGCGACCGCGCAGGUGGUGCAGCAGAAGCUGAUGCAGCAGCAGGUGGUGCCGACCGCGGCGAGCCAGCUGCAGAGCCCCGGCGUCCCCAACCCUGGCCAGGGGCCGGCCAGCUCCGACAGCCCCAGCCAGCAGCCCAAGCUACAGAUGAGAGUCCCUGCCGUCAGGCUGAAGACGCCCACCAAGCCUCCAUGCCCCUAGUCACAGCGGCGGGCCACCGUGCACUCCACCGCCUAGCCGAGAGCGGGCAGAUUUUAUUUAUUGUUGAACUGUGGGACGGUGUCGUUGGCGGUGUUCAGCACCGGGGAAGUUGUGAUGGAAACAAAGGAGUGGCAUCAUUUUAUCAUCCUGACUCCAACACUGCGGGGUGGGGGGGGGCGGUGAGCCGCGUUACACGCCCGCAUUUCCGUAUUAGGUGACUGACGGAGGAAGUGGUGGGGCAGUUUCAGCUCUCUGUCUCUCCCGCAGAGUGGUAGUGCUGGGUCUUGAAAGCCAUGUAGACUGUGUUCAUGUGCAGUGUCCUGCACGUGGCCAUGUGGAGUGUACAGUGAGUCAUAAGUAGACUUCCCGAAGCUAAAACAUGGUCUUUGACACCGUCUGCCUCUGCUUGGUUCCGUAUCCCUAACUGAACACGCAUUCUGGUCCUCGAAGAGGAGAGAGGCCAGCUGAGGGAGAUCAUCUCAGGUCCGAGGAAGCCAGUGUGCUUUCUUCUUUCCCUCCUAAGAGGUAUUUCCAGGCACAUUCAUGACCUGCUCCCGGCCGUGAUGAAGGAUUACCAUCCCCAAUUGAAUUUUCAUUCCAAAGAGCAGCCAGUGGGGCUCCCCGCAGUGUGGCAGGUGUCCAUCCCAGCACAUCGAGGAUAUUCUCCCGGCUUGUGGAUGAAGCUUGCGUUUGAACAUCGUUCACUGAAGCAGCUCUAGUGAACUCUGUGAGGCUCCCGUCUCGGGCAGACUGCUGUGUGGGUGUCGUUACGUGGCAGAGGUCACUGCUGCGUGAGGGGUGGGUGCCUGUCCCUGCCCCCUCGCUCUCCUGCCCAGCCCAGGGGUGGUCUGCUGAUGGGAGAGAAACCGCCGCAGACAGAGGGCGGGUGUCACCUACAGAAAUGGGCAUCGUGAGCUCUUCCUCGUGGGCUGGUGAUGCUGGGGUCUUGCACGGGAGCAGGUGCGCUCCCUCGUGGUUCCACGUGAAGCAGAGAACCUUCUGUGCAGUAUUUGGGGGCAUAGUUGAGGGGCAAAGAGGAGACCCCAUGUUUGCUUCUGUUUUAUUUUUGUACUAUGGCAAGCUAGUAGACGUGUUUGCAGUGGGCUUGAUUGACCGAUGACGUCUGCUUACCUGCACGCUUUCACCCAGGCCGGCGCACGUGUCAGGCGACCCCUCUGUGCUCUGGCUCUGUGCCUCUCUUCUAUUACUGGGUCCAGAAAAUCAGGUCGUAUUGGGUCUGUGUGGGCAUUCUGAGAGAGUCUCAGUGUUCGUUUUCUCUGUCCUCCCCCAUGUACCACUUUCAGUGACACAAAGGAACGUGGACGGUAGUUUUGGUUUCCCCAUCGAUUUAUGUGGACAGUAACAUGGUGGCAUUUACUGAGGCAUCGAGGCAGCUCUUUACUGAGCUCUGGGUGAGAAAUUUGGGGAAAAGUAAAAAUCAAGUGUUGAAAAAGUGGAAGGGAUUUAACAUCAUAGUUGACUUGAAUACCGGGAAGCAGUCCUGUGGUCUGUGUUCUCACACCCACCCCGGCUGGUUCUGGCAUGGCCGGUGCUGCCAUGAGAGGACCGAGCGUGCAGGAAGGCUGUGUGUGGGCGCUCAGGGGGACUCCUGUGCCCCUUUUACCCCAGACGCGUGGAGCUAUGCGCGUGUGGGCGCUCAGGGGGACUCCUGUGCCCCUUUUACCCCAGACGCGUGGAGCUAUGCGCGUGUGGGCGCUCAGGGGGCUCCUGUGCCCCUUUUACCCCAGACGCGUGGAGCUAUGUGCGCAUCCCAAGGUCUUGGGCUUUGUGUGCCCGGCCGUCUGCCCCUCGUCCUUCCUGGGGCGCUGUGAGUUUGUUCGGAGGAGGACGAGCGCCGGCUGCCCUUCACUCGCGCGCCCUGCCCGGAGCUGCCCGGACGGAGCAGCGGGAGAGAGUGACCUGGGGUGCGAACACUGGGCCAUGGGGCCCCUGCCUGCCAUCGUGUGCGCAUGAGAGCCCCUUGCGUCCGAGGGCGUGUCCUUCGCUGGCUCCUAACGCCGCGUACAGAGCCGACGGUCGACUUCUGUUCUACUCAGACGCCCCCGCGGCCUCGCCGGCUUCAGUAGUUGCUCCCGGAAACAUCCUCCUCCCCGUGGUGUUUUCUCGGCCUUCUGUUGUCAGGGGUACACUGUCCACGUUUCCGAGCUCAGUACAAGCGUCCGGGUGCAGCCCUCCGCCGUGGUUCCGUCCGCGGACUCCCACGCCGCCCAAUGCCCGAAGUCCCGCCUGCUGCCGGAGCGCUGUCAGACUCCAUCCUCCUGCACGGACAGACACUGGCUCCAACUAAGGCCGGGCUGCCACCGGGAAGCCGGCCCACGCGUGUCCCGUGGGUGCCUCCUGGGGUGGGGCUCACAUGUGCGCAGUGUGUGCCGCUUCCUGGUGCCUGUGAAACCACACAGCUGUUGUGUUUGAGAUACAAAGGAAGAAGACUGACUUGUAAAUACUUUGUAAACAUGCCCAUUUGUACUUGAAUAGUAGGGUUUUAAAAGGGGCACUGAUACCCCGCCAAACAAAAGGUAUAAUAAAAUGACCUUUUUCUAUG